AUGGUUUUGAGGUUUGGUGUUGUCGUCACACUGCUGUCGCCGUUGUUUGUCACUGCUAUGGCUGCUAUUGCUGCAGUUGAUGCAGUUGCUGCAAUGGUGGGUUAUCACUGCAAUAGCGCAACGAUUGCUGCGUUCCCCGUUGUUGCAAAGACAAAGGAAAUAGAAGGAAGGCUGGCUGGUGAAGAAGGAAGAGAGACAGGAAGAUUGGUGAAUGUCGUGGAAAACAAAUUAUGUAUCGAUUUUGCCGUCUUUAUCCUGAAGUUUAAAUCCUAA